AUGUCGUGCGGGGCCAGGCGGUCCAUGACGCGGGCCGCUGAGCUCGCACCGGCCCUCCUGAGACGAUGCACAGGAGCCAUUGACACUGCCGCGUCCGCGGGACACGCUGCCGGCCACGACGUGCUGUCUGCCGCGGCGCCCAGCGUGGCACGCAUCAGCACGUUGCAGAGACGCCCCGACAACGCGCACUCGGCAAUCAUGCAAGACGGGGUGCCGUCUGCGCGCUUAGGGCUGCGACGGAAGUCGACAGGAGGCGGGCCUGGCGACCUGCGGGCGUCCCUGCUGCACUGCGUCGACAUUGUGCGGAACAACGACCUCGAGAACUGGCUCUGGGUUGGAAGCCUGCCGAAGGACAUGCAGCCGCAGGUCGUGACGCUACGCGCGCUCGCCACGGAGAUCGCCCGCAUCGUCGAUACCGUCACCGAGCCGGGGCUCGCGUCGCUGCGCUUCCAGUGGUGGCGCGAGCGCAUCGCCGCCGCGCUAGACCCCCCCGGCGCCGAAUCCAACACCCCCGGGGGCGCGCACCCCGUCCUGACCGCCCUGGCCGCGGUCCACGCCAAGCACCCGCUCACGCAGAUGUGGCUGCAGCGCAUCGUGCGCACGCGCGAAGCCGAGGCCGCGGAUCCACGCCCCCCAGCGGACAUGGACACCCUGCAAGCUUUCGCACAGGGCGCGCACGCGUCGCUGCUGACGCUGCAACUGGAGGCGUGCGGAGAGGCGAGCCACGAGGCGGAGCACGCCGCGAGCCACAUCGGGACGGCGGUCGGCAUGUCGCUGCUGCUGCGCGGCACGCUCGCGCACGCAAAGGCUCGCCGGUGCUACCUGCCGUCGGACGUGUGUGCCAACUUGGGGCUGUCGACGGAGGACAUCUACAGGGGACGGGCGAACCCGGAGUUGCUGGCGAGCGCGGCGUUCGAGGUGUCCAAGGUGGCGCACGCGCACCUGAACGAGGGCCUGGGCAUCGCCAGGGCGCUGCCGAAGCGGGCGCGGCUGCUGCUGUUGCCUGCGGUGCCUGCGCGGCUGGCUCUGGCCAAGCUCGAGAAGGUGAACUUCGACGUGACGUCGCCGGAGCUGCAGCGGGGCAUGGGCGGCAUCAACCCGCUCAGCCUGCAGGCGAAGCUGACGUGGGCGCGGCUCACGGGCAGCUUGUGA